AUGUUCAAAUGGUUAUUUAAAAAAAAAGAGAAGGAAUAUGAUGCUAUUUGCGUCUCAUCUUCUAGAAGAAAGAUUCGUCCGCCUCAUGUCAGCUGGAAGCAUUCAUGGGCACAAGCCGAAGCACAAAAUUCAUUAGCUAGAUCUCCAUUCAAUCGUAUUCCUACUGAGAUUCUCUUACGCAUAUUUCAAUUACUUUCCGUUCCUGACCUAUGCAACGUGUCACUCGUUUGUCGAUUGUUCAAAAUGGUUGCGGAUCAAAAUGACAUUUGGAAAUUAAAAUGCAAUACUUCAACGAAGUUAUAUUCAAAAUCAUUCAAACAAACUUACAUGGAUUGGAUGUACGAGAAAUAUUUACGAAAUAAAGAACUAAAACGGAACUUAGCGGAUAUGAGGCAUUUUAGUCAACUAGCAUGCGUCAUACGCCCAUCGCAAAGCUAUCUGGCUCGACUUAUGGCCACACAUCCAAUUGACCCUGCUCGUGGUUUUAGUCAACACCCGAAUUCUUCAUCAUAUAUGACGAUCACAUUGUCGGUCGAUAUUCACAACACAACCCAUCAACUCAUAUCACUUUUAGAGAAAGUAUCCAAAUACCAGGAUAAAUGGUAUCAAUCUGCUAUAUUGAAACAAAUGAUAACAAGAUAUUAUCGAUUUAUGCAAUUAAAAGCCAUUUAUUUGCCCAAUGUUUUGCUGGUUCCUACUCUUGAUAUUGAAAUCAUUUGGCAAACACAUUUACUUCGACCGGAAAUGUAUCGAGCGGAUUGUCUGCGUUUAUUUCGUCAGGUGGUCGAUCAUUCAUUGUUGGCAACAGAUACUCAACAAUUUAAAAAAAAACAAGCAUUUAUAGAGACAUGCCAUUUUUAUGAAGAGCGAUUUGGUGAAAAAUAUUGUGAAUUGCCAUCAAAUAAACAUGGUCGGAAGUCAACCUCGAAUCAUUCAUAUGGUGAGGACGAGUUGAACAAUCAGUCCAAAAACGCUUACUCGUAUUGGGAUGAAACGUUUUUUGAAUUUUCAUCGAAUCGGCCAAAACAAUAUGAAAAUCCGUUUUCAUUUACUGAAGCCGAAAUUAUUCUUGAUGGCCAUUGGCUCGAUUUAUGUAAAAAAUUUAUGUAUGAUUCACUGGAACGAGUUUCUAUUGAUGACUACUACGACAGAUCACGCGACUUUAUUGAUCUUGUAACUGGAUCUAUGGAACGUUUAAAAAAAUCUUACGAACGAUUUUUAUAUAUGUCAGCGAAGCAUCCUUUGAAAGAUAGCGAAGAUUUUGUGCCACCGACAUAUGCGAUAGACAUCAUGUGGCAUGCACAUAUGCAAGAACCAUUGAAAUAUGAAGCUGAUUGUCUUCGACUUGUUGGCUAUGUUAUUCCUCAUUCGCCAUGGCCGAUCAUUGAGGACGAAAAAAUGAAGAAAAAGAGCAACAGAACGGAUCAGAUGUGGCAAGAAGAAUUUCAAAGUGAAAUUUCAACCGAUCAUCUCUAUCAGAGAUGGGCAAGUCUAUCCAUCUUUGACUUGGAUCACGUAGAGUCAAGUCAGAAUUCACUUGACUUGACUUCGAAAUUUUAA